AUGGCAACAAGAAGGGUGGUGAAACUUUCCUUGGUGCCUUACAAGAGCAAGCAGGCCGCCACCGCUAGUGACGAAGGUGCCAUCAUUGCAGAUGAAGACCUUAUCGCCAUGGCGCUUGUCGUUCAUAAUGAGUCAACUGGAAUAGAGGUAAUGUACGUAGCGGAUUGGAGGUCCGAUUCCGUGGUGCUCCCCAACACGAAGAUGUUGCGACAGCUGGUGCGCAUCACCCCUGCAAUAGAGGCAAUGUACAAUGAGCUGGUGCAAGCGAACGAGACGUGCUUGGUUGAGGACCUGGACAGCAUCCCUGAGGGCCCUGAGCUAGGAGAGGAGCGCCACUGUUUGCAAUUCCUAGUGGAUAAGUUCACGGGGCAUGUGUGCGCAACCAUCGGAGUGUCUAAACAACGUGAUAAGGACAUAAAUGAGCUCAUUACAUCGCUUAGAACAGGAGAAAUAUCAAAUUGGUCCAGGGAUGAAGAGCGUAUAAAGAAUGUGUUGCUAGAACGGCUCAAAUUUCUGACGACGGUGACGAAAAUUUCACAUGACAUUAAAUCUUUCAUAGAAACCGAUGCCUCUCGUUGGAAAUAUCUACUUGAGGAAGCCUACAAAAAUGGGUAG